CGCUCACGCGCUUGCACUUGGGGUCACCUUCACAAGUCAACCCAAGCCUGAAAGACCAGCCAGAAGUGGAAUGAGGAAUGCUGGAGGGAGGGCGGACGAGAGGGGAAAGUACAUAGAGCCAGCCUCCAGCAAACCCGCCCAGAUCUUUCUUCGAAGCACGUGCUCUGUUGCCCAGACAACCAGGAAGCGCAGAGUGGAAGACAAGACAGUCAUCAGCGCCGCCAUCCCGGGUUACGCCUCCUCCAUCGAUGUCUAGAGGAGCUGGUGAAGUUUCCCCGGUCCUUUCGCACAAGCGCGCGCCAGGUUUCCUUCAACUCUCCCCUCUAUCCCCUCCCUCCCUCCCCCCGGGGCGUUCACGCACGCGUAGUUUAGCCGACUUCUUCCGUGCCUCCUCUGAGUCAUCUGCGGCUGCUGGCCGACUGCUCCUCCAGUCGUCCCUCCCACGGUCCGGGCGGGACCUUAUGUCUUGCGGGUGGUGGCCCAAUUCCCUGAGUUGGAGCCUGAGUCGAGUGAAUUUAGAGAGGCCCUUUUGGGGCUGACAGGUGAACCGCCGUGGGGAAGGGGAAGAAGAGAAGGAGGCAGAGGAAGAGGAAGACCUGACCGCGGGGGCUACCCCAACCGCGGCUGUAUAAGAUGGUGUUCGAGUCGAUAGUCGUGGACGUCUUGAAUCGGUUUUUGGGGGAUUAUGUGGUGAACCUGGACACUUCCCAGCUAACGCUGGGCAUCUGGAGAGGAGUUGUAGCCCUUAAGAAUCUUGAAAUUAAAGAAAAUGCAUUGAGUGAACUGAAUAUACCAUUUAAAGUCAAAUCUGGAUCUAUAGGUAAACUUGAUCUUGUGAUUCCAUGGACAAACCUUUACACUGAGCCAGUCAAGGCAAUAUUGGAAGGAAUUUAUUUACUCAUAGUACCUUCAACCCUUAUGAAGUAUGAUGCAGAAAAAGAAGAGAAAUAUCUCUUAGAUUUAAAGCAGACUACAUUAAAGAGAAUAGAAGAGGCAAAAAAGAAAAUGGGAAAUAAAGAAAAUCUAGAAGAGAAACAGGAUACCUUCACAGAAAAGCUAAUUGCACAGAUAAUAAAAAAUCUUCAUGUAAAAAUUUCCAAUAUCCAUGUCCGAUAUGAAGAUGAUGUUACAAAUCGAAAAAAACCAUUGGCAUUUGGAAUAUCUCUUCAGAAUCUCAGCAUGGAGACAACUGAUCAAGAUUGGAAUCCAUGUGUAGAUACUGACACUGAGAAAUUCUUUCGUAAGCUAAUACGUUUAGAUAACCUUUUUGGCUAUUGGAAUGUGAAAGCUGUGAUGUUUCAUAAACAUGAUUCUGUUAUAUCUUUGGAAAACUUAAAGUAUGGAAUCGUCAAAGACGUUGUCCCAGAAGGUUAUGAUUUUGUAUUUUAUCCCAUUUCUGCUCAAGCCAAACUGGGUAUGAAUCGCCGAACAGAUUUAGAUUUUUCUUCACCAAAAAUGAAUUUGGAGGUUGAGGUACAUCACAUAGGCAUCGAAUUGAACAAAUUACAGUAUUUCAGUGUCAUGGAGCUCCUUGAAUCAAUUGAUAUGAUGACUCAAAACUUGCCAUAUAGGAAAUACAGGCCUGAUGUAUCUAUUCAUGACAAUGCUGAAAAAUGGUGGAAAUAUGCAAUAACCGGCAUUCUUAAAGUAGAUAUCCAGCCCAGGUUGCACAUAUGGUCAUGGAAGCACAUUUAUCAACACAGGCAAAAUAUAAAGCAGUAUAAGGAGCUUUAUAAGAGAAAGAUAAAAAGUACGAAACCAACUGAUGAAAUUCUAAAACCGUUGCAGAAUUUGGAAAAAGUAUUGGAUGUAUUUAACAUUAUUUUAGCAAGACAACAAGCAGAAGUUGAGGCAAAGAAAGCUGGACUCAAAAUUUAUGGAGAAUCUUCAGAGGAUAAUAAAGGCUGGUUUGGUUGGUUGUGGAAUUGGUCAGAAUCGAACACUAAUGAGCAAGCAGAUACUAAACCUGCAAGUUUUGAAGAAUAUAUGACAUCUGAAGAGAAGGUUAAACUCUAUGAAGCAAUUGGCUAUAGUGAAACUGCUGUUGAUCCUACAUUGCCCAAAACAUAUGAAGCCAAAAAAUUAUAUUUGCACUUGGGAAGUAUGUCUAUUUCUUUAAGGGAAAGCAAGAAAAAAUCUGAGUUGGUACAUAUUUUAUUUGGCGAAUUCAGCACCUUGAUCAUACAACGACCAGGAGCGCAAGCAAUAAAAUUUGAAAGCAAAAUAGAUACAUUUCGUGUUACUGGUUCAUCAGGUCAUUCCUCAAAACCAUGUCUCCUUUCUUCAUUGGAUGAUGAUUCUUUACUUUUCAAAAUUAUGUUCGAGACCAAUCCAUUAGAUGGAACUGCUGCUCAGAGAUGUAUCAUAGAAGCUGAGCCUUUGGAAAUCAUAUAUGAUGCAAAAACAGUGAAUGAUAUAGUAAACUUCUUUCAACCUCCAAAAGAAGUUCGUCUGGCUAAGCUAACUACAGCAACUUUGAUGAAACUGGAAGAAUUUCGUGAGAAGACAGCAACAGGUUUAUUGUAUAUUAUUGAAACACAAAAAAUUCUUGAUCUUAAAAUUAAUUUGAAGGCAUCAUAUGUUAUUAUCCCACAAGAUGGAUUUUAUACUGCCACAUCAAAUUUACUUCUCUUGGAUCUUGGUCAUCUAAAGGUGUCAAGUAGAAGUCAAUCUGAGUUACCAAACAUUGAAGUAAACCUGACUGAUAUUGAAGAGAUUAUGUCUAGAGCUUAUGAUAAUUUUGAUAUUCAGCUUAGUAGCAUACAGCUACUUUUUAGCAUAGCCGGUAGUGAUUGGAAAGAAGCUCGAAAACUCCCGUAUUCUAAUCAGCAUAUCUUGGAGCCAUUGCAUAUUAAUAUGGAAUUUUCCAAGGCCAUGGUUGUCACAGAUCUGCGAAUGCCUAGAUUCAAAGUUUUCGGACAUCUGCCUCUGCUUUCUUUGCGAAUUUCAGAUGAAAAAUUAAGAGGGAUUUUGAAAUUAGUUGAAAGCAUUCCAAGGCCACAAAGUGCAACUGAUGUAUAUGGCCCUAAAAAAAUUUCUCUGGAUCAUGCACCAUCUUUUGGAACACCACAGAUUUCGCAAAGGCUGCUUCCUCUCUGGGAACUUCAAUCCAUUAUGGAAGAUGAUUUAGAAUCAGAAGAUGAAUAUUUUGAUGCUCCUUGUAGUCCACUAGAAGAUAUUCCAUGUUUGUUGUUUUCUGGUCAUAAUGUUCGACAAAGAAAAUCUCAGAAACUAGGAGCUACAAACUGGAUUGACUAUAAAAUGAAAUUUGAGAUACCUGAGGUUUUUAUUCAGUGUUGUCGUCUUGUUGAAAAUUUGGAGCAGCCCAUGAUGGAACUAGAUAUCAUGGGAUUGGGUACAGAGAUUCAAUUAAGAAGAUUUGAUAAGAGUGCAAGUGCUUUCCUGAAGGAAAUCUGUCUAAAAUGUCCAGAGUAUAUGGAUGAAAAGCAAAAACCAUUAUACCUUAUCACAACACUGGAUAAUGCAUUAGAAGAUCUGUUAACAUUGGAAUAUGUUAAGGUUGAUUCACGUGUACCAGACCUUAAAACUUCCUAUCAGAAUGUUUUACAACUGUUAAAGAUCAAUUUUUCUUCUUUGGAUAUUCACUUGCAUACUGAAGCACUUUUGAAUAUUAAAAAUUUUGUGAAUAGUCUCCUUCCAAAAAGAGAAGUAAAAUCACACAGUCAAAUUGUGGAAACUGAAGAGAAAGGAGGAGAAAUAAUUAAGAAAUUAUCUUCUAAGAUAUCUAGGAGUGAAGAUGUCAUUAACCUAAAUGUCAUUGCUGAACUGUCUUGCUUACGUUUCUUUAUUGAAGACCAAAGAUGUAGAAUUUCUGAAAUUGCCAUUGAAGGCUUUGAGUCCCACAUGGUAAUGAGACAAACCACAAGUGAAAUAAAUUUAAAUCUGAAGAAUAUAAUAAUUUUAGAUUCUGAUGAAAUGGCCUUCUAUAAAAAGGUACUUUAUAUAACUGGAAAAGAAGUUUUCAGUUUGAAAAUGAUUUCUUAUGUUGGUGCUACUGCUGGUGCUGAAUAUACCAAUAUGAAUGUCGUUGACAGGGAGAUUACUUUAACUGUUGGCUGCAUUGAAGUUGUUUUAAUAAUGAAAUUUCUGUAUACUGUAUCGGCUUUUAUAAACAACUUUCAAAGAGCAAAAGAAGCUUUGACUGAAGCAACAGUUCAAGCAACAGGUAUAGCUGGAGGAGUAAAAGAACUGACACAAAGAAGUUCCCGAAUGGCAUUGGAUAUUCAUAUCAAAGCACCUGUUGUAGUCAUACCACAGUCAUCAGAAUCCACAAAUGUCUUAGUUGCUGAUUUUGGGCUAAUUACAAUGAAGAACAAGUUCAUCUUAGUGCCUAACAGCACUUAUUCCCCUCCACCAGUUAUCGAUGAUAUAACAGUAAAGCUGAGUGAGAUGAAACUCUACAGGUCCCAAUUUGUUGAAGGUCAGUUUCCGGAUGUACUAGUUAUAAUGCAACCAAUAAAUCUUGAGAUUGCUAUUCAACGAAACUUGUCCUGGGAGUGGUACCAAGAAAUUCCUGCUGUGAACCUUGAUGCCCAGCUUAAACCUAUGGAGCUUAUUCUAAGUCAAGAAGACAUUACUAUGAUAGUAAAAAUGUUGUAUGAAAAUAUAUGGAUUACAGAUAAUACUCAGCCAUCAGUAGCUCCAGUCUCUGCAGAGUCUAGUGAUCUAACAACUCCUCAUAUUUCAGGAGGAACAACUGUAGUGACAGCAGCCGUGGUAGAAAUGCAUCCACAAGCACCACGUGUUAAGACUACAAUAAACCUAAAUUUCAGAACUGACUAUUUGACUCUAACUUUGUACAGCCCAGAUCCUAAAAAUACAUCCUUUGUAGAUGUUCGUGAUCCCCUUUUGAAACUUGCAGAAUUUAAACUGGAACAGAUUCUAAGUGGUGGGAAAAUGCUUACAGAUGACUCGGUAUUUUUUUCAUUGUCAUUAAAACACUGCAUAUUAGAAGAUAAACAGAGCCAUAUUCGGAAGGCAACUCCACAAAUGAUUGGACUGACAGUUGGCUUUGAAAGAAAGGAUAUGAUGGAUUUAAGAUACAAACGAAACAGAGAGGGUAUUGUAAUCGAUAUAAUUUUGCAAGAACUUUAUCUCUGUGCAAGUAUGCAGUUCCUGAGGGCAGUUUCAGAUGUCUUUCUUACAGCGUAUUACAGUGGUAUUGUUAUAGAGACUACUACUGUUCAAGGAUGGCCUUCAAAAGAAGUGCAAUUAGAUAUGCAAGAGAAAUGGGAAAUGAAUCUUUUUAUUAAAAAUCCUGAAAUUGUGUUUGUGGCUGAUUUGUCAAGAUUUGAUGCUCCAUCAUUAGUUCUUACCACACAAUGUGAAAUCAGUUGGAAAUGGACACCUCUGUUAGAUAAUAUAACGGCUGCAAUUAAAGAUCUCCAAGUGAAAGCAUGCCCAUUUCUUCCAGCAAAGAGAGAAGGCAAAAUCACUACGGUUUUGCAGCCAUGUGACUUGUUUUAUCAAAGUAUUCAAGCAGGUAUAGAUCCAAAGAUGGUUGAUAUAUCUGUAAAGUCCCUGACUCUUAAGAUUUCACCUAUUAUUAUAAAUACCAUAAUUACCAUUACAUCAACAUUUUAUACAACUGCAAAAGUUACGCAUCGAGAAUCAUUUCCAUCUCAACCAGAUUUAUGGGACAAAAUGGAUACAAAGAAACUGAAAAUGUGGUUUCUUGAAGAGUCAGGUGAAAAUGAAAAGGUGGCUGCAGUGACAGAGUUGGUUCCCACUGGAGAGAUGAUAAAAAUGACAAUUGACUCAAUUUUUGUUGUUCUUGAAGCUGGAGUUGGUCAUAGAACAAUACCAAUGCUCUUGGCCAAGUCAUAUUUUUCAGGGGAAGGCAAAAACUGGAGCACUCUUAUCAAUCUUCAUUGUCAUCUUGAGUUAGAAGUACAUUACUACAAUGAAAUGUUUGGUGUAUGGGAACCUUUACUUGAACCUUUAGAAAUUGAUCAAACUGAAGAUUUUAGACCAUGGAAUUUUGGAAUAAAGAUUAAAAAGAAAGCAAAGAAAGCCUUGGUUGAAUCUGACACUGAAGAAGAAAACUACAAAGUGCCGGAGUACAAAACAGUAAUCAGUUUCUAUUCAAAAGACCAGUUGAAUAUUACAUUAUCAAAAUGUGGCCUUGUAAUGCUGAAUAAUUUAGGAAAGGCAUUUACAGAAGCUGCUACUCAGACUUCAGAUAUCUUCACAAAGGAUCAAGCACCAUUUCUGAUUUUCAAUUGUCUUGGAAUUACCAUCACUGUGUCAAUGAGCGAUUCCUUUCGGGUUCUUGAUGUACCUGAGGCAAAAACGUUUGAAUUAAAAAAUGAAGAGAGCUUAAGUAUGGAUUAUAUCAGAAGUAAUGAUGGUGAUCAAUUUAGUGCCAUGACCAGCCUAAGCAGCAAACUUUUUUUCAUUCAGCUCACACCUGAUAACCAUUCAACUACUGAUAAGAUUCCCUUAACAAAAGGAGGUCGACGUCUUUACACUGUUAGACAUAGAGAAUCUGGUGUUGAAAGAUCUAUUGUUUGCCAAAUUGAUACAGUUGAAGGGAGUAAGAAGGUUACAGUCCGAUCACCAGUGCAGAUGCGAAAUCAUUUCUCAAUUCCAUUAAAUAUUUAUGAAGGUGACAUAUUGUUGGGAACUGCUUUGCCAGAAAAUGAGUUCAACAUACAAUUGACAUCUUAUCGAUCAAUCCUUUUUUUGAGACCUGAAGUUGAAGAAUAUCAAUCAUGUGAUGCAAUCAGCUUCGAAGAAAUUAUAAAACAUGAAGGGUUUCUUUUAGAAAAGCAAUGUCAACCGUCACACUCUACAAAGAAAUCAUUUAUCAUUAAUAUGGUACCCGAAAAAGAUCAAUUGACAUCACUGUCGGUGUAUUCAGAAGACGGAUGGGAUUUACCAUAUGUAAUUCAUCUAUGGCCUCCUGUUCUUCUCCGCAAUUUUCUUCCUUAUAAAAUUGCUUAUUAUAUAGAGGGAAAUGAACUUAGAGUUUUCACCCUAGAGGAGGGUUCUUCAGCCCAGAUCUGUACUGCAGAAUUGGAUAAAACUAGACUACAUUUAAAGUUAAUUAAUUAUCUUGACCAGGAUUGGAAAAGUGAAUAUCAAAUAAGGUCUAAUCAACACGACAUCAGUUUUAUUAGUUUCAGAUGUGUCACUGAGAUAGAGAAGACAGAAUUAGUUAUUGCCAUUCACUUGACUUAUAAUACUGGUCAGGCAAUUGUAGCAUUUCACAGCCCUUAUUGGAUGGUGAAUAAAACUGGUCGGAUGCUACAAUACAAAGCAGAUGGGAUUCAUCGUAAGCAUCCUCCGGAUUACAAAAAGCCAGUACUCUUUUCUUUCCAGCCUAAACACUUUUUUAAUAAUAACAAGGUUCAGCUUAUGGUGACUGAUAGUGAAUUGUCAGACCAGUUCUCAAUUGAUACUGUAGGCAGUCAUGGAGCGAUUAAAUGUAAAGGCACAAUAAUGGAUUAUCAAGUUGGUGUAACCAUAGACCUGAGCAGUUUUAAUCUUACCAGAAUUGUAACUUUCACUCCUUUUUAUAUAAUAAAAAACAAAAGUAAAUACCAUGUAAGAGUAUCAGAAGAGGGAAAUGAAAAAUGGAUCUCUCUUGAUUUGGAGGAGUGUAUCCCAUUUUGGCCUGAAAGUUCUUCUAAUAAACUGCUGAUUCAAGUUGAAAACAGUGAAGAGCCUCCCAAAAAGAUAUAUUUGAACAAGCAAGAAAAUUGCAUUUUACUGCAUCUAGGCAACAAACUUGGAGGAAUUAUAGCAGAAGUGAAUAUAGCUGAACAUUCAACAGUUAUUACAUUUAUGGAUUAUCAUGAUGGAUCUGCUACAUUCCUUUUAAUAAAUCACACCAAAGAUGAGAUUGUUGAAUAUAAACAAAGUUGUCUUGUUGAAAUUGAAGACAUGCUUCCUCCUGGCAAAGCAGUUUUAUACACUUGGAAUGAUCCCAUAGGUACUAGAAAACUGAUCUGGAAAUGUGGAAAGAGCCGUGGUGAAGUAACACAAAAAGAUGACAUGAUGACACCAAUAACUUUGGGUGGGAAGAAGACCAUUUAUUUAGUUUCAUUUUUUGAAGGCUUGCAACGCAUUCUUUUAUUCACUGAAGAUCCCAAAGUAUUUAAAGUGACUUAUGAAAGUGAAAAAGCAGAGUUGGCAGAGCAAGAAAUUGUGUUGUCAUUACAAGAUGUUGGAAUUUCUUUGGUUAACAACUAUACAAAACAAGAAGUAGCCUAUAUUGGCAUCACAAGCUCGGAUGUAGUUUGGGAGACAAAACCAAAAAAGAAAGGAAGAUGGAAACCACUAAGUGUAAAGCAAACUGAAAAAUUAGAGAGAGAAUUUAAAGAAUACAUUGAGAUUUCACCUUGUGAAGAUAAGAUUAUAGAUUUGGAACCUUCUGUUAAGGUUUGUUUAACACCUAGUGGUAGUAAUAUGAAAAUUUUACAACCACAUAUAAUACCUGUACGAAGAAAUUAUCUGCCAGCAGUAAAAGUAGAAUAUAGUACAUCUGCACAUCAAACAUCUUUCAGAGUUCAAAUUUAUAGGAUACAGAUACAAAAUCAGAUUCAUGGAGCUAUAUUUCCCUUUGUGUUUUAUCCUAUUAAACCUCCCAAGUCAGUCACCAUGGAUUCAGCACCAAAGCCAUUUACAGAUGUAAGUAUUGUGAUGAGAUCUGCUGGACAUUCACAAAUAUCACGUAUUAAGUAUUUUAAAGUGUUGAUACAAGAAAUGGACCUCAGGUUAGAUCUUGGAUUUCUUUAUGCUCUGGCAGAACUCAUGGCAGAAGCUGAGGUGACAGAACAACAUGAGGUUGAACUUUUCCACAAGGAUAUUGAGUAUUUCAAGGAAGGAUUUCAGACAGAUUCAUUAACAGAUACAUCACAAGCCAGUCUUUAUGAAUAUUUUCAUAUUUCUCCUAUCAAGUUACACUUGAGUGUUUCACUGAGUUCGGGUAGAGAUGAUGGUAAAGAUACAGCACAACACGGAGGACUGAUUCCAGUCCAUUCAAUAAACCUCCUGCUGAAGAGUAUCGGUGCCACUCUUACAGAUGUGCAAGAUGUAGUAUUUAAGUUAGCAUUUUUUGAGCUUAACUAUCAGUUCCAUACAACACCCCAAUUACAGUCUGAAGUUAUAAGACACUACUCAAAACAGGCCAUUAAGCAGAUGUAUGUUCUUAUUCUUGGACUUGAAGUUUUAGGAAAUCCAUUUGGCUUAAUUCGAGAAUUUUCUGAAGGAGUAGAAGCAUUUUUCUAUGAACCAUAUCAUGGAGCCAUCCAGGGUCCUGAGGAGUUUGUAGAGGGUAUGGCAUUAGGACUUAAAGCAUUAGUUGGAGGAGCUGUUGGUGGACUGGCAGGUGCUGCCUCUAAAAUAACUAAUGCUAUGGCUAAAGGUGUUGCUGCCAUGACUAUGGAUGAAGAUUACCAGCAGAAGAGAAGAGAAGCCAUGAAUAAACAACCUGCAGGUCUUAGAGAAGGCAUCACACGUGGAGGAAAAGGCUUAGUAUCUGGUUUUGUAAGUGGUAUAACAGGAAUAGUGACUAAGCCAAUCAAAGGAGCCCAAAAAGAAGGAGCAGCAGGGUUCUUUAAAGGUGUUGGGAAAGGAUUAGUUGGAGCUGUGGCGAGACCAACAGGAGGAAUUAUUGAUAUGGCUAGUAGCACUUUUCAGGGAAUUAAAAGAGCUACUGAGACUUCUGAUGAAGUAGAGAGUCUUCGUCCUCCAAGAUUCUUUAAUGAAGAUGGUGUUAUUAGACCUUACAGGUUGAGGGAUGGAACUGGAAAUCAGAUGUUACAGGACGUUCUUCUGUAAUGACACGACUGAGUUAGAAUAAUUCAUCCACAAAGACAGUUAAAGAAGAAGAAAGGUUUUUUUUAAUUAACUGGAAGUGCUCCUAUCAUUAAUUAACUGUUUAAAAGUUGUGUUUCUCCAAUAAAUGUCCAUGUAAUUUUAAACAUUUUACAUGAUUUAAAGUGGACUAAAUCCUUAGUGAGAAAGUGAGAAAGCAAGGAGAGGCUUUCUUUGUAGAAAUAAGUAUUUACUACAGCACUGUUAACCUUUAUUACAGAACACAUUGGUGACUAUAAUAUGCUAUGGUAAUGCUGUCUUUGAUUAUUAUUUUGUUCUGUUAAAAUAACACUGUUUAAAGGUGAUUAUGAGUAAACUAAACAAGCCAGUAUUCAAAUUUAACUGCUCCUAAACAGUAAAGUAUAUAUUCUAUAGUUUUCAUUACAGAAUCCUUGUGAAUGAUGAAAACUGUGACAGUAUAACAUGAGGCCAGAGAUUUUUUGACAAUGCAGCUUUUUAUAAAGAAUUGUCAAAAUGCAUAUGACAUAGUAUCUUUCUUAAACUUUAAAAUAAUUGCAUUUUGGAAUAAAAAUAGUAACUAUCAAUCAAAUGUGAUUUUAAUGGGCAUUAUAAGAUAAAAUAUAUUUUGAAAAAUGACAUGUGGUGAAGGUUAAAAUCACUCAUUCUUGUACUUAAAAAAAUGUUAUCCAACUAUAUCCUUUCUUGCUCAAAUUGUCCUAACAUUUAAAAUAUAAUCAGUUUUAAUUAUAAUAGUUUAAAUUCUUCUUUUAAAAUAUAGUAGGAGCUUAAAAGUUUCAUACUACAUACUCUUUAUUUAGUAUGUACUACAAAUAUUCUGGUUGGAGGCAUAGAGAUGUAGUUAUGAAAAAUAUAAGUAUUAAUGUUUUAACUUCAUUCCUAGGUAUUAAAGUAAAAUAGAUUCAGAAACCAAUCGCUCCUAUAGAUUCUUCUACCACCUUGGUUUCAAGGAUAUAUAAAAAUGCCUCCAUCUUUGGAUAAUGCUUAUUUUGGAAGCUUUAAAUUUUGAAGAGGUGAAGGACAUUGUUAUGUGUAAAUCUUUAUAAAUUCCUGUAUUUUUGGUAUGCCAGUAAAAAGUUUACCAAAUAUAAUAGGUAUUUAACUAAUGAUAAUGAUUAAUGACCUAGAUAAAUGUUAUCUGUUGCUAUGCUUAAAGAUAUUAAACAAGUAUUAACUGGAAUGACCCACAUUUCCACAAAUAUGUCUUGAUAUUUGUGAUUAACCCAAUCUUUUAAUCAUAUGGAAUAUCUAUGAAAUAUGGAAACUAUUGACAAAACUAUGCAAUAUUUUCUUAACACAUUGUUUAGAAAUUCUUACAGUUUAUAUUUCAUAGUUAUGAUUUGGAAAGGAAAUUUGUUCCUGACAGACAGGAUUAAAAAUUUUAUUUAGUGUUCUUGAGCAUUGUUUAAUAAUAGUAAUCUUGGAAAAUGAUUCAUAGUUAAGGGAGUUUUACCUUAAUAUUUUCUCUUCAUUUUCUAGUCAAGCUUUUGUGAACUACUUAAGAUAAUUUGUUUCAUAUAUAAUAAGUAUGAAGAAAGGAGUAUGUAUAAAAUGUCUCUUUUUAGCAUGUACAUUUUCAACUAGACAGUAACAUAUUGUUAUUUUCCCAAAUGGUCUUUAUUGGGAUUGCGAUCAGUUAAAUUUAGCCAACCAGAGCAAUGAUUGACAUUAUAAAUUACUUGUCAGAGUGCCACAAACAUUUUUUUAAUAUUAAAAUAAUUCAGACAAAUUGCUUCUCUCUGUUCUAAAGACUUAGCAGAAUUCAUUUAAAUCUCAACUACAACCUAACAGCCAAAAAGAAUGCUUUAAUAGUAUUCAGAAUCCUAAAACAUUUCAUAAAUUGUGCAUGUUUUUAAGAUAAGUUGCUAUAUUAAACUAACCUUUUUGCUUCUUUUUUUUCCUCCUUUACCAUGCUUACAGAACUUUUAUGCUAAAAGGGAGUGGAGUAUGACUCUUAAUAGUAGUAGUAGUGAUGAUAAUGAUUAGUCAGACUUGUAUUAAUUAAACCCAUGCAUUAUUUGUCAUUUUGAGUUGAAUGUUUUCAUUCAUAUGGUGUGUGUGACUGCUUCUGUAACUUCCAUAACUGACUAGUUAGGAUGUUAAAUUCUUUUCCUCUUUCAAUAUAUUUUUAUAGAACUUUGGAAAAAAAUAUAGUUACAUAAUUUAAACUGAAAAAAUAGUUAUGAUUUUAUGUUUAAAGUGAGUCAUGUUAUAAAUAUACAUAUAUCAUUUGUAUCAAAAAUAUUGUAUAGCAUUGUAAUGACAAGUGCCUUUUUCAGAUUUGACUAUAAAUUGUAUUUUUGUUAUUUUCACAUUUGCUAGUUUUUCUUUAUAGUAUCUUUUUAUUUUAAGUCACCUGCUCAUUUAUUAGCAAAAUUCAUGAAUGUUUUCAAUGUAACCUUUCUGGACUUUAAUGUAUUUACAAUGUAUUAAAGGAAAAUAUGCCAAGAGAAAAAAGGUCAUCAGUUUUCUAUAUUUACUUUCUAUUUCAGAACUAUCUUGUCAGUUUCCUUUUAAUAACAAUAAACUUGUAUAAUUUGAAAUAAUGCGAAUCUGUUGUUCUGUUCCAUCAUUUAUAGUACAUGGAAGGAACAUUGUACAUUUGAUAAAAACCAUUGGGUUUUGUCCUAGAAAGGUUAAAUAAUAUAAUCAUUUUCCUCUCAAAAGAGAGAAAAGAACCAUUUUGCUACCAUUUUCAUUUUAUCCUUACUUCCAUCAAUUAUUUUAACAUAUGAUUUUAUAUAAUUUGGAGUAGCAACAUAAUAGUUCCACUUUCUUUUAAAAAACAUAUAAAGAGUUCUAGUGAGCUAAUAAGGACUGUUUUCUUACAUUGUGUCAUUAUAUUUUUAUUUUAUAUGUCCUUUGUCACUACCUCUUUGAAAUGUUCAUUUUGUCCACAAACUAUUAUUAAUUGACACAAGUAGUCAAGAAAAUUUUCUAAUAAAUAUCACUAUGUGUAUA